AUGUCGUUGGAGCACGCAACGAGUGUGAUUUUCCUACAAAAGCAGCUUGGAGCACAGGAUCUGUAUGCGGAGAAGGUGGCUAAGGAUAAGAUUGUUAGAGGAGAGCUUCUUAGGACCAAAGCCGCCAUGGACAAUGCUAUCACCUCGCAUUUGGCCUUGCAGAAGGCCGCCUCUUUCCCGCCUUUCAUGGAAGUUCAGAAGAGUAUGGCAACGGCAAAUAAGACCUCUUCUAUGAUGAGAAGUUGGGCUUCUGAAAGUCAUACGACCACGUCCACACUAACCCUCAGCAAGGGUGCCACCACCCAGACAGCCGCCUACAAAGUUCGCGAUGCACAUCGACAGGAGACGACGACCAACAUCGCUGAAUUCGGAAACGCCCAGGAAUAUUGCGCAGUGAUGCUGAAAAACACCGGUGGAGCACACGGCAGCACAAUGGCCGCUAUGGCCGAAGCGGUCUCAGGUGGGUUAUUAGACCUAGACACACGUACGACACAAAAAUCCUUCCACCUCACCAACUAUAAAACGUUCUUACCACCACGUGGUGAAACACAUGUAGCAUGGCCACAAGCCACACUUAGAUCCGCCUCCUUCCAUCUCUCAAAGCUUUCUGAGCACCAUAAAAUGCAUGAUGAGAAUUUUCAUCAAGAUUUGCGUAUACGCCGUAAAGAUGCGGCAGCCGAAGUCACAGUGUAUAUUUUAUACAAACGUGCACUGGGCAAUUUCGCUGUGGCUGCGCUAGGUCUAUAUCUUGGCGAGCGUAUACGUCAAGUUACGCACGACCAGCAGCAAGUCCGUGACGAGAGUUUCAUCUCCGAAAAACGUUACGAGUCGCAAAGUACCCAGAUGGAGAGCAGCGACGAGUUCGAGCGUCUGCAGCAGAGCCGACAUCUGAUCACAGGUGAGUCCUAUAUGCAUGAGCCUGCUUCUACCUGCCCCGCUUGGCUAUCUCAGCACCUAAUGCUCGCUGCAUACUGUAAUAUAGCACUUAGUGAAUCCCUAUCAAGCUUAGUUCAGUUCCUUGCUGUAGUAUCUUAG